UGACCACUAUUAUGUAAUUUUGAAAGCGAUCCACGUUCUCUUGAUACUACUACCACCUUCUUAUUAAAUCUAACUUCUAACACUGUUUUGUAAUCAGUGUUUCGUAAUUACGGAAAAAGAACUGAUAAAAUAGAUUGAUCAAAUAUUUUGUCUGCCAUUUGAAAAAUUGUAGAGAAUAUUUUAAUUAAUUUCUCAUGAAGUUAUCCAUCUAUGAUAAUCUAAUAACACUGUAACCAUAAAGUGUCAUUUAUUUCAGUUUGAAAUAAAUCGUUUCGAGUGACGUCAAAUGGUCGACGAAUGAAUCGUUGUUUGUUCUCGAUAAGUGACAAAUGAGUAUUUCGAAACAUGUAACGAACAGGGUUUCAUUAGAGAUUCAUGACACCACGAUUAAGGAAUCACGGUGAUAAAUUAUGCUAAUAGCAAAGCAGAAAAGUGGACUGUAGAUAGGAAAAAAAAAAAAAAAAGAGUGACAAUCUGAAUAUAGAUGUCAAGGAUUUCUUCUCUAACUAACAACAAGGUGACAAUACCUCGAUUCACAUAAAUUGUACGAAUCGAUUUUGUGGGUAUUAAAAUUCUGUUUUACGUAAGAAACAAGAUGCCUGAUUUAGAGAAAACAACGAAUUUGGGCAUUCGAGUGGAAAAGUUUAAAAAGAAUUUUUUUAAGUAUUACCUGCAACAGUGUCCAAGCUUGUUCCAUAUUUGCUACGACCCCAUAGGCACUCAUAAGAAGUCACGUGCUCUUAUUGGAUUUUUUCUUGGAUUUUUUAUGAGUGUACUUUUAUACGAAGGCAUCAUCGUUGAUUUGAAUUUUGAUCGAUAUACUAGCUUGAGCCUUGCUGGCAUUAUCGUAUCGAUGAUGUCAAUUGGAUGUGCCUCUUCGAUUCAGGUGAGGUGCGUUUGUAUUUUAACAAUCCCAGCAUUUUUUGGUCGUUCAGGUCGUAGCAUGUUGAGAGCGUUAGUUCUCGGAUACGUAAUAGCUGGACCAUUAUUUAAUUUAGUGUAUAAUACAAAAGAAGUAAUGAGGACUUUUGCUUGUACCUCACAAUUAACGUAUAAUCUCACCAAGACAAGGUUUGAUCUGAUGUUCAAGCCUUUUCAACAGGCCAUUCUUGCUAUGAAAGCGGAUGCUAAUGAAAUAAAAGAUACUCUAUCGUCUGUGAGGGAUUUAAUGAGUCCAAUCGUGGAAGAAAUAGAAGGAGAAGAGGAAAUGCGGCGAUUGAAGGAGGAAAACGAUUAUUUAGAUGAAUUACAAGGUGAUACGAUGAGAAGCAAGGAAAUCGAGGAUAAACAUGAGAAACAGAUCGAGAAUGCUAAAUCGGAUGGUGACGUGUUCGAAGCUAAAUACAAGAAGAAGAUCGAAGCCAGAUGCGAGGAACAACUUAGCCGGGGUUCAGCAAGGUGUAGGGAUAUGUUCAGCGAUGCUUACAACAAAUGUUACGAAAAAGUGACCAUUUUCGUUGCCUGGCUGUUGUGCUGGCCCAUGAAACUUACUUUCGUUUGUAAUCUGGUUCAAGCACUUGGAGGUUCUAGUAUCUGUGAUCCUGAGGGAAAAAUAGAUAGUGGUAUUGGUGAAGGAUAUGCUGCUUUGAAAAGUACUCGAGAUGAGCUCAGCAGGAGUCUGAAAGACGCGAAACUUCAGUACAAAAUCAAAAAACCCGCGGUAAUUUUGGAUCUUCAGGAUUCAGCGUACGCUGCUAAAGCCGUGAUGCACGAAUUUGCUGUACGAAGAAGACUUUUCGAAUCCGUAAUGACCAUCAUAAAAAGAUGUUUAUCCUUCGUGUUCCUAAAGAUCAUUUUGAGUGCUCAAAAAUACCAUGACAAGUAUCUGACGGAAAUUGAACACGAUAAUAUCUAUGUGACGCCUUACUUCCGGAGGAUUGAUGCGAGAAGAAAAGUACGCGGUAGUAUGACCUUACUGCCAUUGAAGAAAAUUGAAAGAAAGAAAUUCGUUGAUCCUUAUAGCUGGAAGCCAAGUUCGACUGAAGGAUUUCAUUUAGCUGGACAAUUGGUGAAGCUACUUCUUGAAUUAAUUGCAGCGAGUGUUUUUGUUAUUUUGGAUUGGUUAUUCUUUGAAGCGUUGGAUUUAAUUAGAAGACAUGCUUACAUAGAAUACACUCAAGCGGGUCACCAUGAUUUGUUAUUAGAAAUCCGUGGCACAGGAGUGAUAGCCUCUCUGAUCAGAAGUGCCAUUCGCGGCUUUAAUGUAAAGAAACACAUUAAAACGGUGGUUACAAACGAAGCUUGCCUUCCAAGGCCUAUGAAACUUCCCACCUACGUAAUCCUCAAGAUCUACGGCACAUUUUUCGGUACUUUCCUUCUGAUAUUCGCGUCCGUCUACACUGAGAGAAUGCGUCGAGGGAUCUGUUCAUUUUUCUAUCGAAAAAGGGAGAAGAGACGAGUGUUGUAUCUCUAUAACGAGACUCUAAGACGUAGAAUCACUUAUGCGAAAUUCAUGAAGGCUAAAGUGAGAACUAUGGUUAGAACACGCCGUUUGGAAUACGAUAUGGACUUCUGGAUGGCUCUGAGAUUGAAAUGGCCAGAUCGUUUUGGAUGGCUGGAAUAUUUCGCUUGUGCCAGAGAUAGAUGUUUAAUCUGUGAAGAAGUGGAGCCUAGAAAAGGACCAAAGCAUCGACAAUGUACGACACCUGGUUGCCCUUUUGUCCAUUGUUCUGAAUGCUGGAGAGAUGUAGGGAAAAUAUGUUAUGCUUGUGCCGAGAUAUCAUCGGAUACUGAUUCAGAAGAAUACGAUACUCAACGCAGUGAUUUUUGAUCUUAAUUCAUAUUUGGAUAGAUGGCACUCGGUAAAUGCUAUAAGUAAGUCGCUUUAAUACAUACAUAUAUGGUAAAUCUCACGUAGUAAAGUCGACAAGAAGUUUCGGAUUUCAUUAGGAAGUAAUAAAAAGUUGAAACAAGGUACAAGGAAGCGUCUUAACAGAAUACAAAAUGGUGUGUAGGAAGAAUCAUUUCUAGUAUUACAAUGUCUUAUCGAUUUCAAGAUUCUACGUUCCUAUCAAGUACCACACGAUUGUUCGUAGCCAAUGUCGCUUCAAGGAGAUUCUUAGUAGACUAUAAUGAAUUCCAGGGACAGAAUUAUUUAUGCUUAUUUGAUGUAAUUCAAGGAAAAGCUGUGAUUGUACGAUGAAUCGAAUGGAAUUAGAAUGGAAUCAUGCAAUUUCACAGUUAAACGAAUUCUGCUCGCGUAAAUAAGACAAGAAUGCAU